AAGUUUUAAGAAAUUCACUGUGUAUUUCCCCCCUCUCCAUUUCCUUAAGAGUUUCCGUUUACUAUUUAUUCUUGUUAAUAAAUAAAUGUACGAGUUAUCUAAUGUGUAACCUGUUUUUAGUAAAGUAAAACGUGUUUUCAUUGGCCAAUAGGUUAGAUAUUGGCCAAUAAGAACAUUCAUUCGGAACUCCCUGUCUAGUAUUACGCGCUAAAAAUGAAAGACUUGACGAUGUAAACAAUAAAGCAAGAUGUUCCUGAAAGAUAUCAAGACUGGAUUUUAUGACUCUGUUAGAAACCAUCGAGUAUUGGUACUAGUGUCCUUUGAUGUAGACGCUCUUUGUGCAUGUAAAAUUUUACAGUGUUUAUUCCAAUCUGACCAGAUUUUGUACACCAUUGUUCCAGUGACUGGAAAAGAAAAUCUACAACAAGCUUACAUUGAAAACUCUGAAGGGGUCCGGCAUGUUUUGAUGAUAAAUUGUGGGGCCUCCAUUGAUGUAGUAGAUAUCCUGCAGCCAGAGGCCUGUGUUUGUUUCUACAUUUGUGAUAGUCACAGACCGGUGGACAUACACAACGUCUUCAAUGCGGUGCAGGUCAAGCUCCUGAUGAAGGAGGAGGAUUUUGAUGACCAUCCUGUUCCAGAAUACGACACUGUCUUCCGAGAAGAGGAGGAGUCAGAUGAUGAUUCUGGUAAUGACAGUGAUGACUCUGAGAGAUCAGGAAAACGACGGCGGUUUGAUGACGCUUCCAUUGAGAAGCGGAGAGAAAAACGAUUAUGGGAAGAAAACAGAACAAAGGUUUUAUUUGAUUACACACAGUUUUCAACUUUUGGUACAUCGGCAGCUUUCAUCAUGUUUGAGCUGGCGUGGAAAAUGUCCAAAGACACCAAUGAUUUACUAUGGUUGUCUAUACUUGGUGUGACUGACCAGUUCCUUCACUACAGAACCACCAGAGAUAAGUACAUCAAUGACAUCAUCACAUUACAGGCCCAUGUGUCCAGACACAAUCACAGAGGAGAGGAGGACGACAGCCUGGUGUCCGUGAACUGCCUGAAGAUCUCUUACGAGGACGAACUCCUCUUGACCCUCUACAGACAUUGGUCAAUUUUUGACAGUAUAUGUCAUUCUGUAGGCACUGCCUGUAAAUUCAAAGUCUGGACUCUCAAGGGACAGAAAAGAUUGCACGAGUUUCUGGCGGAAAUGGGAUUACCACUGACACAGUGUAAACAAAAAUUUACUGCCAUGGAUUCAACACUGAAGAAGAGCAUCAAGUCCAUGAUACUAGAAAACAUGGAGAAAUAUGGACUGGUGUCGGAUGAUGUUGUCAUCCCCUCAUACAAUGCCCAGUAUGGAUACAAAAAUAAACUCUGUGCAGCUGAUGUCUCUCUUGCAUGUUCUGCUACUCUGGAAUCCAUAGAUAAAUGCAACAACCCAACAGACAAUUUCCUGAAAGCACUGGAUGUUUUAAAUAGGUCUAAUGUGGAUUCUUUGGAAAAGGCAAUAGAUCUGGCGAGAAAACAACUGCAAGCAGUGGUCACUCAGGUCCAGACCUUCCUAGACAUCCAUCAGGUCAUCUCGGCCGGUCCAUUUCUCUAUACCUUUAUUCAGGAGGGAACUCAGGAUGUAAAAUUCUUCUCCAAACCAAACUGUCUGGUGAGACUGGCCAGGUUUACUCUGGAGGCAUACUGUGCAGUGACUCGCAACAAAAGAGCCCGUGCCCUGCCGUUAGUGCUGGGAGCGCCUUUGGAUUUGGAACAAGGGACAACAUUAGUCAUCGGUAUUCCACCUCUGCAGCUUGACGAGGACAGGAAAAAUUUCUUUGGGAAGGCUUUUGAACAGGCAGCAGCUAGUACUAACUCCAGGACCCUCCACGACCAAUUCGAUUCUUUCAUAAUGGAAAUGAAAGUGGAGGACAAGAGCAAGUUCUUCGAUGCUCUGAUCAGUCUGAUGCAGUGAAAGUCUCCGUAACCAGUCAGCCACUUUUUCUUUGUGGAGGUUGCCUUUCACAAAAUUUGGAUCAAUUACUAUUUACAACGGCGAAGGACAUGCUUUCCUUUUCAUUUGCAAUGCAAACUGCCAUUCUGAUUUUCAGUGAAAGGAGAGGAAAUGAGGAAUAGAAACUUGAUGGAGAUACUUAUGUUUUUAUAUUGGAAUGUUAAAUAUUCCAAAAUUCAUUGUGAGAGUGCUGAAUUAUGAAGUUUAGGCUUUUCAUGUAAUGUAUAUGAUUCUAUUGUAAUUUAUAUUUGUUGACUUGUGAUAUUUGAAUCUAAUACAUCAGGAAAAUAAAGAUAAUUCAACUGGAAA